AUGAUUCCUGUCAAAGAAGAAGAUCUUAAAAAGUUGUUGAAGGAUCACACCAUGCUCAUCCUUGACCUCACUCAUCAGAUCAUCAACUACAUCAAAAACAUAAUCUGUCGCAGCCCCCAGCACAUCGCUACCAAAGAAGGGAAUAAAACUCUUCCCGCUGAACUCUGGCUCGAGAUUCUAUCCUGGGCGGAACUCAAUAUCAACAGACACAAGUACAGUCUUGUCUACCCGGUUAAAGUGUCUUCCAUCCAAAUACGUGGUGAUGAGCGGGAGUCUGCUCUGGUCUGCAACAUCGUUGAAAGCUGGAAGAAAUUUGGCGAACUCAAGUCCGGCACGGACCGAGAAUAUUAUGAGGGCUAUCUCGCAAACACUCUUCACGUUCCCAUUCCGGGCAGAUACGAUGAUGAGCCCCCCGAGAAUCCCUUCAAGAUUUCCAGGACCGUCACGCCAGACAAAUCAGUCACAAUCCCAGUUUCUCAACUGGACCUCGAGAUGCCUAUUCUGUAUCAAGACUUUGACACGGUGGACGUGAUUGGCAAGCUUGAAGACGGCAAUUGUGGCAUUUGCGAAGGCGAGAGGCUCAUACUCGCAACUGACGACGAUCUCGUCUACUGUAUGACCAGUCUAGAGCACUAUGAAUAUGACAAGUGUACGUGGAUGCUCUGCCCUCUCUGCAUUGGAUCGGGAUGGGCGGACGACUGCGCUCGGCAAACCAAUCUACGUGAAGAUGAGGAUGAGGAGCGGAUGUCAGAAGAAGAGUUCAACGAAUGGUUAAAUAACCGUUUGCGGGACCUUGGUUAUCACGAACAAACAUUCAUCUUCUAG